CAAUUAAAUUAAGAUCAAAAUAAUUACGAGUACAAAAAUUCAAGGCCUUUUCCUCGCGGAAUUAAACAAUAUGAAAAUAAUUUCGUUGGUCGUGGGUAAUUGAAACGAUAUCGCUCGAAAGGUCACGUGUUUUGAAAUUUUUUUAUGUUUACGCGAGAAAGAAAUCUCAAACCAAAAGCACACAGUUUGUAAUCUCAGUGCAAGUGAUCGAACUUUUGACGCGACGAGAACUCCGCUUAGACUUACAUAUAAUAAUGGAAAAAUUCGUAGGAAAAACUGCCAUCGUUACAGGAACCAGUUCAGGAAGUGGUGAAGCUAUAGCUAAACAAUUAUUACGAUAUGGUAUUAAUGUAGUUGGUUUAGCAAGACGAGUUGAUAAACUUGAGGAACUAAAACAAGAAUUGGCCAAUUCUUCGGAGUAUAAGGGUAAAUUCUACCCCUUACAAUGUGAUGUAAGCAAACGAGAUGAAGUAAUUUCUGCGUUCAAUUAUGCGUUCGAAAAUGUGGGUCAAAUUCAUAUCCUGGUAAAUAAUGCGGCAGUUAUGCACAACGUUUACAUAACAGAUGCUGAAAUGGAAAUGGUGGAUGGUUUGUUCGAUGUGAAUGUCAAAUCAGUGAUCUUAUGUUCCACACUAGCAGUAAAACAUAUGGCAGCCCACAAAAUAGCAGGACAUAUUAUCAAUAUCAACAGUGUUUUAGGACAAGUAGCUUCUUUCAUAAAACCAAACGUAUAUAUGCUGUUUUCGAGUACAAAGCAUGCUCUUCGAGUUAUUUCUGAAGGCCUGAGACGUGAGAUGAUAGAGAAGAAACUUGAUAUCAAAGUUACGGAUCUAAGUCCAGCUUUCGUUAAUACAGAGAUGACCAAAAAUCUGGACGUACCCGAAGAAUUUAAAAAAAGGGCACUGCGACCAGAACAUGUGGCCAAAGCGUGCAUAAGUUGUUUAAAUACCCCGCCAAGAGUGGUUAUAAAUGAACUGGUUUUGUUGCCAAAAAAAUUUCGACAAACGUUUUCAUUUAAAAUUUACAAUUCAUUCGUCAUUCGUGUACCUUGUAUACAGUCAGCAAAAUAUAGAAAAAUGGAAAGAUUUGUUGGAAAAAUCGCUGUUAUAACCGGAAGUAGUUCGGGAAGUGGUUUAGAAAUUGCUAAAUAUUUACUCAGAAAAGGCGUACAUGUGGCUGGCAUAGCUAGACGGACUGAUAGACUUCAGAAAAUACGUGAUGAAGUCGAUAACUCGAAAGAAUAUAAGGGUAAAUUUUAUCCCAUAACUUGUGACUUGACCAACGAAGCUGAAAUUAUUUCUUCUAUGAAAUGGAUAUUCGAAAAUCUAGGACCAGUUCACAUACUUUUGAAUAACGCAAUGAUCUUCGAACGCACUCGCGUACUUGAGGCUACAUCAGAUCAGGUGAGAACUUCUUUCGAUUUAAGUGUAAGGGCAGUCAUUCUCUGUACGAAAGAAGUCGUGAAGAACAUGGUUGAAAAUUCAACUGCAGGACAUAUCAUCAAUAUUAUCGGAGUUGCUGGGAAAGUAAUCCUACACGUCGAACCGAACAUCUACAUGUUGUACAGCAGUGCAAAACAUGCCCUUCGAGUGAUUACAGAAGGCACGAGACGAGAGGUGACGGAAAGGAAUCUCCCUAUCAAAGUAACGAAUUUGAGCCCAGGUUACGUUCGAACUGAUUUAUCAGCGAAUCUAGAUUUAGCACCAGACUAUAAAGAUACGAUAUUUGAAACAACAGAUGUGGCUGAAGCUUGUAUGCUCUGCUUAGAUACUGACCCAGAUUGGUUUAUAGCAGAAAUGGAGUUUGUACCAUUACAUCUGAGAUACUGAACUAAUUUCAUUUCAAAUUUACCACAACGAAUCAAGAUUUUCAUAUUUUCAGGGCCCACUAUGAUUUAGCAUUUUAGUGAAAUAUUUAUGUAAUCUCCAUUAUUAUUUACCAAUUACAGAAUACAUACAUAAUAUUUAAAGUACAA